UGUCUUGUUGCGUCUCUGGCGUGCGCGCGACAUCUCAGUCUUCUUUUUUCUCCUGGACACCUUUCGGUUCACAUUUUGUCUUUGCCGACUUUGCGAUAGUUUUACGGCUCUUGCGACACAAUUAGGUCGUGUUAUAAGUGCCAAGGAUAAAGAGGUGUUGCUUGAGAAUAGCGUACAAAAAUAAACAUAAAUAAGAAGAGAUAUAAUGACUACAGAUGUUUGAUAGUAGGAAAGAAGGAGAGAACCACGCUAGAGCACCCGCCAACCACCAACGUCUUGGCCAGAACUGUUAGAGUGAGUGCGGUAUUGUUUCAUCGCUGUGACGUCACCAGCCUGGCGUAAACCACACCAGUACACUACGCUACUCUCCAACUUAUCAGUUGCAUCUCGUCACUGUCGCUCAACAUUGUACUGUGUUGAAUGUUUGUGUAAAUUAAAAAAUAAAAGAAAAUCAAGUAGAUCUAUGUUGUUGUAGAGUUUGAUGAGGUGCGUCUUUUGGCCUUAGUCUCCUGCCUCUUUUUAAUAUAGUAAUGUGUUUAAAGAAUGUUUAAAAGUUGUGUGAACAUAGUGUUUUUAGCGAAAUAAAACAGUUUUUUAAAAUAUUUUUUAUCAACCUCCCCUGAAAAAGGUCAUGUUCUAACAUCCGACAGUGGUGAGUGACGGCGACAGUGUAAAGUGUUUUACCGUGAGCUCUACAUUACCGCCACGAGUGUCUGCCUGUGUCUAGUUCGAGUCUCUAAAUCUGUGAACUUUUACAGGCUGUCGGUUUUCCGGAAUGAACGCCCAUCCGUUGAUGGAUGACCUUGUCGAUUUUUCUCCGCUGAUUGUGUAGAAUUCUAGAAGUCUAUGGUCCAGGGUGCGUGGCCUUGAGGGCUAUCGACGUUGUCAGUGUGGUGUCGGUGUCUCACGUCUGUUCGGCAUGGUGUGGAGAGAAGGGAGGGGACGGGCGUGUGUUUCCAUCUAUGUCAGUUUUCUGUCUGUGAUUCCUUUAGCAAGUUGUUCUCGAGGCUGAUAGCUCUUAGUACUGUUGGAUACGUGAACCGUAGCGCUACUGGAUAUGUGAAUCGCCGUCGUCAUUGAGGUAUCAGCCGUGGUGAUGUUUUCCAACUCCGUGUGAAGAUUCUGUCGGAUAUUCGUGUGUGUGAUUAAGUUGUCUUAUUUAUGUUUUUUUGUAGAUUUCUUUCUGCUUCUUACUGGAUUGACCUUUUGACAUUCGCCACCUACGCGCGCUCACUCCCGCGCACAUACACGCACACACCUACACGUGUAGACACAGGUUGUGUGAGGUGUGUGAGAACAGCGGCUCUCCUGGUGUGUGAGGGCAGUUUUGGAUGUGUGAAAUUGACGCAGUCGUGGGAUCUCUGCCGCUCGGAUACAGUAGAGGAGAGUCCUCUCAGUGUGUGAGACUGACUGUCGUCUGUUUUCUCACUCACGGAGACAGUAGAGGAGAGUCCUCCCAGUGUGUGAGACUGACGGGCGUCUGUUUUCUCACUCGCGGAGACUGACAGUAGAGGAGACUCUUCUCAUUCUGAAAGCUCUGAUGUCUUUGGAUGAUUGCCACGUCAAUGAGGGAUAAUGUCGGACGUGGUGCUGUAACGAACGUGUCCGGACGUGAUGUGUGAGAACUUCGAGUAGACUGUUCCCUUGUCGUGCUCUCUGACCACUGGUGUCUGUGUUGUGUUCACCUAUUCUCUCCCCAGCCUCUGUGGUGUAACAGUCAGGAGACCCGAAGUUUGAUUGCAGAGUGGGGAUACUUUUUUUAAAUCGAGUAUCUCGGUUAUUCUGCCGGGAUGUUGUACCCCUUCCAGCCUGGGUUAGCCCUGACUUGCAGGGUCGGAAGCCUGCCUCUUAAAUGAUCAAAAUUGUGUCAAUGAGAACGUAAAAACACCUACAUUAAAAAGAAUAUUGUAUAUAUCAAGGGACCACGUUUUUUCCCCGGAAAAAUGUUGUUUUGUGAAGACUGGGGCCAGGGCGGAUGUAUAGAGUGGUUGUGGAGUGAAAGAGGAAAUGUUGGAGACAUAGCGGUGUCAGCUACCCCGAGGUUCCAGGAACUCUCCAGGAUUCGGCUGCCCGGAUUUUGAGAACCGUGACGUCCUAGUCACAUACACUCGUUACCCCAAAACCACGUUCUCUCGGUGUUCUUGUGUUCCCUGUUCUAUGUAAUCUAAUGUUUAAAACUUUGUUGUCCGUGAUUGGGUAAAUGGUUGAAAUUGUCUAGAUUUAGGCCUAUAAACAUCAGCCUACACCUGAUUUAGUUUUGACAACGCGGGCAAGCCUGGAAAGGUGGUUUGAUUUACGUCACGCGGGAUAUGCUGUGAUGCUGGACGUAAUUAUUUCGCGCCGGAUUAGGUCGUUCUCACCAACACGUUAGCCUGUGGGAGCAACACGUGCGUGUGUGACGCACUCACACCUCCACCCCCCGGCCUCCCUCAUGUCGCGCCCUGGCCCCAACUCCAUGCCUAAUGGCCAGGUCUGCGAGUCGUGCCAGCAACAAAUACACCAUCCUCAACUACAACAACAGCAACAACAACAACAACAGCAACAGCAACAACAUCAUUACCCGCCCCUGUCGCGGUACCCCCCGUUCACCAAACCGCCGUAUGACCGACCCCCCGGGCCCCCACGGCCCCUCCAGCGCGUGUUCCUCCAGCCCUCCUCCCCCCGCCCCGAUGUCUACGUCAACGGCAGGUCUCGCGGCCGUGUGGCCUACCAGGAGCGUCGCCUCCACCUCCAACAACAGCAGGCCCUCCGCUCGGACGAUCAACAGCUCGCAAACCACCCGCUCUGGAUUAAACAGCAGAGGCUUCUGCAGCAACAGCAAGAGGCGGAGGCAAACAACAACAGCAGUAACAACAGCAAUAACAGCUGUGACAGCAAUGGCCUGGUCACCUCUCGAGAGAACGGACUUCCAGGGUCGUCCACGGACAUUUGCCCCUCCCCCCAGGAGAGCUGGUCAGUUGGGUCGAGUGUGGUGACCACAGCCGCCUACAGGGACAGGGGCGGGCCUGGUGUGCUGACCACAGCCACCUACAGGGGCGGCAGGCGGGCGCGCUCAGAGGAGCGGGCAGUGUCCUGGGAUGAAGACGGUGGUGACGAGGACAGAGAUGAUGAUUAUGACGACGAUGAUGGUGACGUGGCUUCGGCCACAGGCAGACAUUCGCGCGGGAAGUACAGCGGCGGCAAAAACAACAGUGUAUAUCUGCAGCGGGCCGACAGCAACAACUACCGCCGCAACUACCGCUGCCACGGAGGACAACAGCAGCAACAACAACAACAACAACAACAACAAUCGCAAUUCCCCCCUCAACUGCCGUUGGAUAAGUCUUCAGGGUGGGACGGUCAGUCGGAAAGUUACAACAACAACAACAACAACAUUUCUCAGUCGCAGGUGGACCAGCCCCAGCCGAGCUCGCAACAACAGCAGCAGCAGCGUUUCCGACAACAGCAGUCCUCGCAGCGAUACAGCAUUUCUCAACAGCAACAACAGCACGGCCAGCAACAGCCUCAGCAGAGUGCAGGAAGCAGCAGCAACAGCAACAACAGCAGCAACAGCAGCGGAAGUUCCCGACCCCCGAGGCACCAGCGGCGCCGCGGGAUACACCGGAGUUAUAGCGAGGUCGGCGACAGUUCUACCGCGCUUCGGUGCCGGGCCAUUCUACGCUCUCACAGUGUCUUCCUCGAGGUUUGUCUAUAUCUGGGGUAUAUGUCUGUAUCUGGAGGAAAGGGAGGGAGAUGGACGGGAGAGAGAAAGAGAGAGAGACAGAGAGAGAGAGAGGUAUACCUCUGAGUUAUAGCGAGGUCGGCGACAGU